GCGCGAUUACGAAUUGAUUCGUCUCAAUGAAUUCAGUGUUCGGUUUACUUUUGUACGAAACGCACAUACCUAAAACAUAGACGUUGAAAAUAGAUGUUCUAAGCGUACGGAUUAUCAAGGUUAGCAGUAUGGCUGCGCAGAGGCAACAUUCUUCAAAAGAAAUCUUCGCACUAGAAGAUAAGUAUGGUUGCCGUAACUACGCCCCGCUGCCAGUCGCUCUCUGUCGUGGUGAAGGCCCAUUUGUCUGGGAUGUCGAAGGGAAAAAAUACUUGGACUUCCUGAGCGCUUACUCAGCUGUAAACCAGGGACAUUGUCAUCCCCGUAUUGUGCAGGCACUUAAAAAACAGGCAGAUGUUUUGACUUUAGUCUCCAGGGCCUUUUAUUCAGAUAAGCUAGGUGAAUACGAGAAGUACAUGACAGACUUGUUUGGAUUUGAUCGACUGUUACCGAUGAACACUGGCGUCGAAGGCGGCGAAAGUGCUUGUAAAAUCGCAAGGAAAUGGGGCUACGAUGUUAAAAAGAUACCAAAGAACCAAGCUAAGAUCAUCUUUGCUGAAGGAAACUUCUGGGGCAGAACAAUGUCAGCUGUGUCGUCAUCAUCAGACCCUACUUGCUAUGAAGGGUUUGGACCAUUUAUGGCAGGAUUUAGCCUAGUUCCAUACAACGAUAUUGCAGCAUUAGAGAAAGAAUUACAAGACCCCAAUGUGGCCGCAUUCAUGGUGGAGCCUAUUCAAGGAGAAGCUGGUGUUAUCAUUCCUGAUGAGGGUUACUUGGCAAAAGUGAGGGAACUCUGUAACAAAUAUAACGUAUUGUGGAUUGCUGAUGAGGUGCAGACUGGGUUAGGGAGAACGGGCAAGUUACUGGCUGUCGAUCACGAGGGAGUGAAGCCAGAUAUACUAAUUUUGGGCAAAGCGCUCAGUGGCGGCAUUCUGCCCGUAUCAGCUGUGCUUGCGAAUAAUAAUGUUAUGGAUGUAAUUAAACCAGGUACUCAUGGUUCUACAUAUGGUGGCAACCCACUGGCUUGUGCUGUGGCCACAGAGGCUAUAAAAGUAUUAUUCGAUGAGAAGUUAAUAGAGAACUCAGCGAGGUUGGAAUCCGUAUUGCGCGAGGAAUUGGAAAAGAUUCCAAAACACAUGCUGACUGCCAUCCGAGGCAGGGGACUUAUGUUCGCCAUCGAUGUUCACGACAGCUAUCCGGCUUACGACAUUUGCAAACGGAUGAAAGAAGCAGGUCUUCUCGCAAAACCAACCCACGGCCAAACCAUCCGCCUCGCGCCUCCGCUGGUGAUCUCUGAACAGCAACUACGUGAAGGCGCACGCAUCAUACAACAAACAUUCCAGAACUAUAAGAAAUAAAUAGUGCUAUCUCAAUUCUCAAUCGCUCGUAAGGAUCUUAUUAUUUUGUAUAUUAUUGUUAUUCUAUUAAUAAACGCAUACG